CUCAUGAAGUGGGCGGUGGGCGGCGGCGGCGGCGGCACCAGGCGCAAGGCGUCCGCGCGCCCUGGCUCAGACCCCGACACGCCCACGCCCACGCCGACGCCCACCGCCAGUCGACAGGUGAGCUUCAGCAACACGGUCUCGCCGCAGCAACAGCAGCAGCAACAACACCAACACCAACAACAGCAGCAGCAACAGCAGCAGCAGGCGCCCGCCGAGCCGGUGACGCUGGCGACUCUCAACAGGGACUGCUUCAUCAUCCCUGUGGCCAGCCUCGACCGCUUCCUGCCCGCCGGAGUGCCCAUGCCGCUGACGGAGAAGUCGCCCAGCUUCCUGAGCGUGCUGGAGGUGGACGACCCCAAGCUGUGCGUGCUGCUACACCUCAUGACGGCCAUGGAGCCCAUCGAGCCGGUGCUGGAGUCUCCGCUGGCGCGGCCGCUGGCGCAGCAGAAGACGGCCGCCUCGGACCUGCUGUGCGAGGUGGGCAGUGCCAAGACCGCCAGCGAGGGCAUGCUGCUCUCCAACAUGGAGAAGAAUGCGGAGUUCCCGUUCAUUUCGUACUACGUGAUCAACAAGAGCCAGACGGACCCGGUGGACUUCUUCCGGAACCUGCGCGCGGCGUCUCUGCGGAAGUUCGACCCGCGCAGUCUGCGCUACACGGCGGCCCACAUCCUCGAUCUCUUCAACGAAGUGGCGACGAUCGCGCGCCCGCCGCUCGAUACCCACUCCAAGAGGCCCAACUCGGCCGCCACCGGCUACAUCAUCUCCGUCUACAAGGUGUUCGAAGGCGACGACGGCGAGAAGUUCGAGAAGAACUGGCUCUAUUGGACAGGUGCCAGGAUGCUGUACCGGUACCUGCCCAAGUCGGUGGGCCUGCGCAGAAUAACGCUGCACAAGUCGCUGUCGAGCGGCGACAAGAUGUACCUGCUGCUGUGCGAGUGCUCCAACUUCCUGGAGAACCUGUCGGCGGCCGCGCUGCUGCUGCCGGCGCUGCGGGCGCGCCUCUGCGGCUACACCGGCCUCUACCGCACAACUGCCUCCUUCUGAGCUCUCCAAUGUCUCAAGAAGCCUAUGGAAGAGAGUAUGCCAACCCAGCCUAAUUUUCUGUGUGUUCCAAGCGCCUGCAUUAGUGCAAGAACAAAUUUCCCAAGCAACUGUUCUUCCAGUAGCUGAGAGAAACGCACACAGUGGAACAUGAGGUUCUCACAGUGUGGGAUAUCAAAACAAACAUCAGCGAGAUUUAUCCGUAGUUCAACAAUUUUUAUUCCAGUGUCGUUUUUGACACAUUCUCGAAGCUCAUAAACAGGAAACACAUAACUGUCUGUGCUUUUGUACGUGACUGGAUGGAACUGGUGGCACAAGUAUCAACAACUAAUGUAUUCUGUUGUUAUUUAAGUACUGGUUGGGAUAACAAAAACGCUUGAAAUGUCUCUCUUUUAUUAAGAAUGAAAUCAGAUUACAUAUAGUGGGAAAACAAAACCUGUGUCAAUUCAUGAUUACUUUAGGGAUUUUAAUUCUAAUACUUACUAGAUUUGCUCAUUAGAAAGUAUUCACAGAUUAAGCACCUAAACGCUCAAAGAAAUAUAAAAUUUUAGACAUACUGUAGCAAAUUAGGUUUUAAAAUUCACACCAAUUGCUUCCUGAGCAACCUUUAUUUCCUAGCAUGAGUGAUAGUACAUUAUGAAACAAAUUAUACAGCUAUAGUUCCAAUUCUCUACAAACAUAUGCUCUGUCAGACAUCACAGCACUAUGAUUUUAUGAAAUAUUCUUUGUUUAUCUGAUUAUUCGUUACAUUCAAACGUAAAUAACCUAGUUCCAGUCCUUUCUUUUUGAAAAUGUCCUUUUAAGCAGAAUGUAAAUGACUGCUGAAAUCAGUGAGACACAAAGCUGCCCUCAACCCUUAACUAAUACAAAUGCAAGUAGUGUGUUUUAAAGCCAUAACAAGAAUAAACUAGUUUUUGAAUUUGAAAUAGAUGAAAUAUGUAAGACAAAAAAAUUUUAUCCAAGGUAAAAGCUGUGACUAACAAAGUCAAUCUGAUGCCUCUAAAAAUCUUCCAAGUAGCUCUCUUAUGAAAGAAAUGCCUAUUCUAAUAAUCAGUAGUUUCACUAGAUAUUUUUAUAGAAAAGUCAAUUUUACAACAUAGAUAAUGAAGAAGAAUUUCUUUGAAAGUAAAGCUCCUGGCAUAAGACUAGAAAUCACUGGGAACAGAAAUGUUUCAUACUACACAUGCUUGUAAAUAGGUAAAGGUUAUUUAAUUAGUAAUAGAUUAGCAUCUGUUUAACUCACAUAUCACAAAACAUCAAAUUCAGCGCUUAAACAGAAUAAAAUAUUCAUACAUCUCUCAUAUGACCUAAAAAGUUUAUUCGUUUUUAAACCACUCAUAGCCAGUUCAAGCCUGAAAAACCUUACACAUCUAGGAGAGAAGCAUACACAUUUCAUAGGUGCCUCAUUAAUGAAAGUUAUUCUAGGGAUUUAAGUAGUAGAACUCAUAGAGAAAGAGCUUUUUUAUACUCUAAUUUUAUAGUAUUUGGUAACAGAAAUAAUGGCCAACAAUAUGAAAUGAACUUUUCAUGGCAGUGAAAUCAAAUAUCAGAAAAUGCGUACUUGUAUAUCCAUUUUGAUGUGGUAUAUAUUUAGAACUAAUGAGCAGUUUCAAAAUAAAGCAGACCAAGCAAAUAUUUCUUGGUAUAAUCAUCAUCUUUCAGUGUAAAAUAAAUAACACACAAACACUCUAUUGCCUCAGGAAAAAUUUGGACUAUCUUGUUAAUAGCUAUUUACCACUCAUAUUUCGGACAGCUUCUUAUGAUCAUAAACAGCUACAGCAUGUGUUUCAGGAUGCAAAGAUUAAUACAAAAAGCUUUUCAUCAGUAUCUAUGUAUGUUUCAAAUGGAAAUAUGCUAUUCAUUAAUUUUAAAAAGACAUUUACCUCUGAGAACCAAGAAAUCUGAUUAGUUUCACCUUCUAAGAAAAAGUUAGAUGUAUAGUGUUCAUAAAUACGUAGAUGAAUGUCGGUAAGAUGCAUUACAAUUUUUGAGUCUUUUUUGCUCCAAUCAGAGUCAAUACUGAGAGGGGCAAAUUCCUUGCUUUUCUUUCCAGUAAGUGUUUAUAAAUGUAAUGGACAGAAAAGGCAUAUAAAUAGCUUUCCUCUUUACAAAAGCCAUCCAUAAUUUGGUUACUUCCCAAUAUGUACAGGAAUUACAUUUCAGUGGAUAUGAGCAGUACCAUUAAAAUUUCAAUUUUGAAUAUAAACAUCAAGUAAUAAUCUCAUUGCAUCCUCUGAAAGACAGAGAGGGAUUUCAAAUGUGUCUACAAUAGUACCAGAAGCAGAAAUAUGAAAGAAAGCCAUAGAAUAAAACCAUCAUAAUUGAAACAUCUAAUCAAACCCAUUCUGAACAAGUGUUCAGCAACAAACCACUAAGUAUUGGUCUUAAUGACAAUCAAACAGUACUUUUGCAAGAUAAAAUGCUCCUUUUUGUGUUAUACACUGAAAUGAGAAGGAAAUUCUUAUGACCAAAUGAAUUCAUACAGUUAAUUAUAGUUGACACUGUUACUAUAACUGGCAAAUGGUGCAAUGGGAAAUAAUAAUCUUGAACCAAACAAUAUCCCCAAUAUAUUUGGGGCCUAAUAAAGUAUAUCCAGAAGUGGACUGUUCUGAGCAACUGUUUCUAAAUCAGGACCCAGCAAGACAGUACAGUGCUCAGACAAUGGACAUGUACUCAUGAGGAUGGCAGUUAAAAUCCUCAUCUUACCAUCCUGAUUUAGGUUUUCUAUGCUUUCCCUAAAUCAUUUAAUGUGAAGCCUAGAAGGUUCCUUUGAAAGGCUUGGUUGAUUUUGUGAGCUUGUGCUCUAUCUCUAAUGAUGUCAUCAUUGAUAGAAUGUUAAAUUCUAAUCUUCCUUCUUUCCUUUUAUCUACUCAGUAACAGGUUUUAAUUUGUUUAAUUAAGGUUCCUAAGAAUAAGCAAACUCUGUAAAACAUUCAGUGGCAAUAACAAGGUUUUCUACAUGAUCUCACAGAAUCCCCCACAAACGUUCUUAUGUUUAGAAUGUCAAAUCAAACACUUUUCAGCUGUCUAAAUUGAUUUGACAUUCUGCACUGACCAGCUGAGGUCCUGCAACCAUCUCUGAAAAGAUGGACAUAAGAGACUUCUCAUGUUUAGUUUCUAGAUAGUGUUUAUACAGCAGCUACUGAUAGUGUAUACAAACAAAUUAAGAAUUUAACGAAUAUUAUUCUGUUUGUAUCAUUAUACUGAAGAGGUGAGACAAUUUUAUAUACUUAUGUCAUUUGAACUUCUCAGAGUCAGUCACAGUAACAGCUUUGACAUAACAGCAUUCAUGGAAAUAUUUUUAGAACAGUGUGUAUAAUUCUGUUCUAUCACAUACUCUUCUCAUAGUGGUGAAUCUUACAUUUAAUAUUAUUUUAUUGUGUAAACCUGCCAUAACAUUCCUUCAAGAUUUGCUGUCAUCUAAAAUGACACUGGAAACAGAUUGUGGCUAGGUUUCAUGUAGAAAAAUCAAUGCCAAAUAUGAAAAUUAUUGAUUAUUCUUUUGUCAUAUGUUCCAUAGUGCCUUCAUAAACUUAUAAAAAAUAUACUGAAUAGGAAAGUGGAAGGAUAUUUUCUUUUGGACUUGUAUGUUUAUGAAGUAUAGGUAACAGAAAUUUUGCCAAUUAUUGAUUGUAUAAUAUUAACAGAACCUUAUAGUACUAUUCAUAGUAUUAUCAAAUAGCAAAGAUCAUAUUGUUGUUCCUAGUGCUUCAUAAUUCUGGUGAGGCACAAGCUAAAACCGUUUCAUUUACUCACUUCAGAAGAAACACUACAUGUCAUAAAAAAGUCACAGCCUUUUAAUUCUCUUUCAUUAUGAAAAAAAUGCAAUGAAUUUAUGUACCUACCUUCUACAGGUAUUGUCAUUCAGAAAUCUGUUUUUAAUAGAACUAAAUUCCUACAUGGUCUGAACAAUGAAUGAAACUAGGUUUAUAGUUCUUGAAUAUCAACAUCAAAAUGGAUAUAAUACAUUACUGCUUGAGCUUAGCUUCACUUGAAAACAAAUUUUUAGCCUAAUGAAACACAAACUUCAUUUUGUGCUUUUAACAGUAGUAGAAUAAGCAGUAAUAUUUGGUAAAAGCAAGGCUGGAGUAUCUAUAUAGUCACCCAUUUUUAGGGUUUCCUAAAUUCAAAAAGAUGGAUGCUAAAGUUGUUCCUUCAAAAAUGCUGGUCGGAUUUCCUUCCCAUCAUUGUUAAUCUGAGCUUGUACUCAUUCUCUGAUGACCUGCGUAAAGAAAUACUAUAUUUGUUCAUUAUUUUGGCCAUACUAAAUUAACUACACUAUAGUAUUAAUAUACAAACAAUCACUAACUAAUGAAAGUUACACUCUGAUAGCUAUCUGUUAUGUUUAUUUUAAGAAUCUCAAAAUUUUUCAUCUAUGUAAUAUAUUAUAGUAAUGUUUGGAAUACAGUAAAAUAAUAUGUUAUAUUAGCCACUCUACGUGCCAAAUUGUCAUAAAUCCUCAUAUAAUUUUGAUGUCAGAUAUUCCUGUUUGUUAGUGUCAGAUAUUAUUAAGUUAAAAUUUUGUGACCAUAUUGCACUUUAUGAGCACAUUUUCAUUAAUGUUACUGACCCUCUGCAAAUGGAAAGUUAGAUACCCAAAAGAAAAGAAAGUCUCAUUCUUUUUGUAAAUAAUAACUUUCUUUAUGUCUGCCUGGGACACAACACUGAAAUCUUGAGUGAUAUCUGUAUUAUUCCCUGUAACACUGUUAAUGCUGUAAAUGCAGCUGGUGUACUGCUGAGAUGGGUAUUUUUAAAUUCCGUAUUUGUUGAUAUGAUCGUUUGCUCUUAGUGGUACCUCCAUCCACUUAAUUUAUUAUCAAUACAUUGGUGCCAGGUUUGAUGCUUAAAUCUCCUAUUUUCAAGCAGUUGACUGUUUUAUUCAGAAUUUCUUUAAAUUGUUACUUUAUGAUGUUUUCCUAGUACUUUAUUCAUAUAGGGAUAUCUAGAGAAGCUUUCACACUUACAGUGAACAGGACUGUGAUGGAAAAAAGGGGAAAAUAUGCAACACACAAAAAGAGAAAACAGUUAACAACUUGAAAAUCAAUUAGUUACUAGAUGAACUGCAUUGAAUUACUUUGUAAAAUAAGAUAUUUACGUCACAAAGUUACUGUACUUUCUAGAGUCUAUAAAGUAAAUUGAAAUUCUUGUCUUACAGAAGUUGCCAUUUGCAGGCAAUGAGCUACACAGGCAUUUUAGUCAUCAUAGGUUGUAGAAGUAUUAUAUAUACUUCUAACGAAUUCUGCUACAUUUCUGCAUUGUAUCAUUAUAGAUUUGUGACAAAGAUUGUAUACCCACUCUUUCAAUAACAGAAGCAAACUUAGUUGUAAGUACAGAUCAUACACACAUAUACAACUGCUUCAGGCGAUAGGUGUUUAAAUUGCUACUAUGUUUUCUCUCAUAAGUGCAAGGCAGUUUAACAGAUUACACUAUUAAAUAUAACAGCUAAUGAAAAGUAAGAUAAUUAUGUAAUUGUAACAUAUGUUCUGUUAUAUAUUCCUUGCAUUUUAAAGAAACAGCUCUUCAGGAACUUAUAACCUAUCCUCUUUAUUUGAGAAAAAUUGUUGAAAUUUUUUUGUGAUAUUUCACAUUAGAAGUGUGGGUUUUGUGAUUCUUAUACAAUUUCUACUGUAUUCUCAAAUAAGUAUAGCAGUUUUUAAAGUUUAGUGUAUGGCUGUCUUUGUAAAUUGUGCAAGCUUUUAAAAUUUACAUUGCACAAAUUUUAUUCUAAAUUUGUGUCACAGUUAACAGUGCUUUCUAUUGAAACAUAUUUUUGAUAAUAAAGAAGGUAGACCACACAAAGUUGCACAUGCCGGGCAUAGUUUUCUGUUUACUUGGUCUAUUCAUAAGAGAAGGAAGAACCUAUGAGAGCCUUUAUCGUAUACAAAAAAUCCUGAAGCAUCUCUUGAUACUGAUACAGGAGUUUACUUUAUUGUAUAUUUUUGUCAUGUACAUACAAAAAUGUAAAAGAUGCCUAUAAAAUACUGAGUGCCUUUAACUGGUUUAACAGAAUGUUUGUACAGCAAUCCCACUCUAAAAUAAUGUACUUUAAAUAUGAACAAUGUCUCUGGCAUAAUACACUGUCUUUCACAAAUCUCAAAAUUGCUGUAUUGUUUUGAAAUGGUACUCGGCAUUUAAGCAUUUGACACUAAUGCAUAACAUUAGUUUUCUGUAAUUUGCUGCAUAAAUUUUAUUACAUUUAAUAUGAAAACUGACAGUUGUAGUAAGCUGCUUAACAGAUUUUAGAGUAUAUCUUGUUUUCAUGUAUUUUUGUAUAUUGCUUCACAAAUUCUUUGUUGAUACAGCAAACCCAUUCAGAUUUGUUUCAAUUUUGUAAACUGAAACACAGUAUGUAAACUAUUAUACAAUUUUCUUUCUACAUUAAUACCUCAUGCUUCUUGCUAAUGCAUUCCAGCUGCGUAAUAGGCACUGGCAAUUAUAGUAUUUACACAUACUGUGCUUCAGAAAAAAGUGCUUUAUUGUAUAAUGGUAAGAGACAGGAGCAGAAAUCAAGAUACUGUAUUUAUGUACAAAAAUAUUGAGUGUUUUUUAAUCUUGAGUGAAACAAUGUAUUUUAAAGAGUUUUAAUUGGAAAUUUCUUACUUUUACACAGUCAUUUUCAAGUAUGUACCUGUAACUCACAGUUGUUCAUACAUUUGUGGUUUCUACUCAUAAGCAAAUUGAAUGCCAACACUUGGAAUAUGCACUUUUACAGUAAUGUAGGUAACGAACAAUGACUACCAAUUGUUAAUAGUAUUUUCUUGUAAGAGGAGAUUUCCUUCUGCAUGACUAUUGCU